ACUGUACGAACGAAGGGAAGAAAGGCAGGCAGCGUGGGCGUUUGGCUUCCACUCCAAAAAGUUCUCAGCUUUCCAAAGUUGGUGACUUUGAUAGCUUCCUUUCCUCAAUUGUUGUUUCAUCACCAAGAUGGCUUCAAUGGCUUUCCCUUCAGUUUCCUUUGCACCUUUACAUGGUUUCUUCCGAGCCAGGCCAUGCCCAAACACAAGCUCUACAUGGGUUUCCUCUCCUUCCAUGGCUUUCCUCUCUCCAUCCCUCAAAUCCUCUUUCGGGUCCUCCCAAUCAGCCUGUUUCGGGCAUGGGUUCUCUCUUCAAACAUCAAUUCUUUCUGGGUUCGUCCUGAAGCCCCGGUUUUUGACUGCUGUUUAUGCAAGAGCCGCCACGGAGAAGACCAUUCAUGAUUACACUGUGAAGGAUAUUGAUGGGAAGGAUGUUUCUCUAAGCAAAUUUAAGGGCAAGAUUCUGCUGAUUGUUAAUGUUGCUUCGAAGUGUGGUUUGACAACAUCAAAUUACUCUGAACUUUCCCACAUCUACGAGAAGUACAAACCUCAAGGAUUUGAAAUUCUGGCUUUCCCUUGCAAUCAGUUCGGAGGGCAAGAGCCUGGAUCCAACCCAGAGAUCAAGCAAUUUGCUUGUACAAGGUUUAAAGCUGAAUUCCCGAUUUUUGAUAAGGUUGACGUCAAUGGACCAAGUACUGCUCCAGUUUACCAGUUUCUGAAGUCGAGCGCUGGAGGAUUUUUAGGUGAUCUGAUAAAGUGGAACUUUGAGAAAUUUCUGGUGGACAAAAAUGGUAAGGUUGUCGAAAGAUACCCACCGACUACUUCCCCCUUCCAAAUUGAGAAGGACAUCCAAAAGCUUUUAGCAGCAUGAGGCACUUGAUCUGUUGUUGUUCCUUGGCACAAGAGGUUUAUGAGAGAGAGAGAGCUGUGUAUAAAAAUAAAUAAUAUUUCGUGUUUUUAUUCCUGACAAUAAAGGCUGCCUCGAGGUUUCAUUUUUUUUUUUUUGGUUAUCGAUGAGAAUAUGUAGCCACUAGCAGAAUUUAAUGAACAUGAGAAGUAAUAGCCAGGAAUAUGGGUUUUUUUUCUCUUA